GGCUGAAACACAACCAGGAAGCGAAGUUCGAGCGAGAUGUGGCGCAUUAAAGUGGACAAGAGAAGUUAAAUCAUCGCCCUGCUCCGCGUUUAUUUCCUUCGGGAUUUAUUUUAAAGGGUGUAAUUAAAUAACAGAAUGUCCUUAUUGUUCUUUUUGCUCUUUCUGCUGCUCCCAGUCCUCAGUGUGUCAGAGUCAUGUGAAGUGAACAUGAGGAGGUUGAAGGGCUUUUUGCUUUACAUCAAGAAGCUGAGGCCGGCCUCCGACUGUGAGAUGAAGAUUAACUCUGUGACCCAGGAGAAGAUCACAGUUCCGUCAGACCGGAUUACUUGGCUUACUUUCAAGGACUGUUUUCCUGAAGAUGUUCAAGUCAUCGCCAGGAGGGUUAUAGCAUGCAGUCAUCUUGAAGACUGCCCAAAGGGUCCUUUUUCACUCGCCAUGCCAACGCUGCCUCACUGUUUUCCUGCUCCACUGAGCAGUGUGACCUGGAACCUACAGCCUCCUCUGUACGGUAGCAUGGAACUGCGCUCCACCACUGUCCCCAUCCGCCAGUCUCUGCCUGGGCAGCUGUGUAAUGACAGCAUCAUUAUCAAAGUGGCCGAGGACGACGGCUCUUCUGUUGGACACUUCUGCCCUCAGGGAGCCAUAGAGAAAUUAGAACUCCACACCAAUACUUCUGUCACCAUUUCCAGCACAGAGGGUAAAGCACUGCGGAUGUCAUCCCAGCCACUGCUAGCUGCCAGUUUUAAAGGAGAGAUAUCAGAAAGAUACAUUUUCACUGUAUCUCUGAAGAAAGACACCCCUGUUCUUUUGGGCACUCCUGGUUGGCCAGUAGGAAUGAAGUCUUAUGCCACAGUCUCCUGGAUCGUCUCUGUUCCCCCCAAAAUGGAGGCACAUUUGAUGUUUGCCAACCUGAAACAGCCCAAGUGCGGCGAUCGGCACACUUACAUCCAAGUGCAGAGAUUCGGCUCCCUAGAAGAGGACUACAGCCGCAGGGAGGACGAGGAGGCCGACAGCGAGAUCACAGUCUCCGAGAGAUUCUACCUCAACAUGUCCAACUGCAUGCCUGAAACAGGAGAGUUCAGUGUCAUUACAAAAAUCACUCUGCAGAGGAGCCAGAAAUUGCUGCUGACUGUCAUCCUGAGUGUCGUGGCUGUUAUGGUGGUCAUUUUUGCCGUGGUGCUGGCAGUGGUUUGUGUGGUGUUUAGCAGAAAAAAUAAGCAGCAGCUGAGUCACCAGGUGUCCAUCUAUAAUCCGAAUGGCACCAGCUUCCUGCCGGGGCACAGUGGCUUUCCCACACCAGAAUACGACGAGUCCCAUGUGUACGCUUCCAUUGAGGACACGCUGGUCUACACACACCUCUUGAGAAAGGGGGUAGAAAUAGGCAUCUACGGAGAUCAUGACCCAUACCCUUCUUUCACUGGACCACCGGACACGCAAAGACCUCCAAUCUCUAAGGAUGCCAAACCUGACAACCAGAAAGUCAACGUUUACCAGUCAUUUCAGAAUGGUCCGCCAGUUCCUAGCAGGCCAGCAAGUCACACUAAAUCCAUGAUAGAGAAUGAGCUGUACCAGGGUGAGAAGGAGAACACCGCAGAUCUUAGUCCAAACACCUUGCUGGGACCGAGGAAGGAGCCAGAGGGAGGGAACUGAUGAAAAGAUUGAACUUGACCUCCUUGAAUUUUGCGAUAUCAUUCCCUGGCAUCUCUGUGAUUGUUUUCUGUUCCGCUUUGCAAAAGGCAAUUUUUGUUUCACGCCGUGUUUGUACCAAAGCCAGAUACAGGAAAUAACCCUGUUCAAAAGAUGCCCAAUGUGAUUACCUCAUUUCAUCUCGGGUGAAGGCACAUUUGCGAAGAAAGCAGCACUUCAGCUUCCCUUAUAGGACUGUUUAUUUUUUUAAUACACUGUAAAUUGAUUUGAUAUUGGUUUUACAUCAUGAACAUUUUACAAUUUACUAUUAUACGCAUAAACUUUCUUUAGACAUCUGUACAGGAGGAAAAAUAUGUGCUGUUUAGAUGCUUACAGUAAUUUGAUUCUUUUUGUAGGAGACGUCUCCCUGUGCAGACUGUGAGCAUUAAUUGCUGUGCUUUUAACCUCAGGCUGUCAUUACAGCAUCAUUGCACUUGCACUCUGAUGACCUGAUGAUAAUAGCCCUGGUUUGCAACAGCAAUCUGUGCAGAGCAUUCUGCUUUCCUAUUUAUAUAAUUAAUUUUGCUCGUUAUGCAGAAAUGUUCCUCUCAAAUUAGCAUUAUAGCAACAACUAAACAUUCAUGAUGGGUCAGUACUCCCACUGAUACAGUUUAGGAUUUUAUAUUGCUGUUGUUCUGGCCUGCAGUGUAAGUUUCAUAGUUCUGAUCCUUUUUUGGAUCCCCAUGUUUGGAACCAUAAAAAACUGAUAACUCGCUUUACUAUAAAGACAUUCAUUUGCAAUCAAGUCACUACAUUAAGAGACAUGUCUACUAAAAGGAAUUUAGGUAUGUCAAUAAAUGCCUGUUGGUAAAAGGUGCGAUCAGUGAUG